GGAGCGUGGGUCACGUGACGUGGUAGCGCCAUAGAAGACGGAUUGAACGUCGACAACCAAUAUGGAGGCGCCUCCGUUCAGCUUCACACCGGAGAGGUACUGGACGGAGGAGAAAGAGAGGGCGCUCAUUGCGUUCUUCUCCAUGCACGGCUGCCUGUGGAACCACAAGUCCGAGAGCUACAAGAACCGACAGCUGCGGUGGAAAACCCUGGAGCACCUGACGAUCCUUCUGUCGACUCACCCUCCUACCGUUCCUCUCUCAGUGGAAGACGUCAAGAACAAGUUCAAGAACCUCCGCACCACCUUCCAGCGCCAGUACAAAAUGGUCAAGGCAAGCGAGGUGUGCAGGUCGGAUGACGUGUUUGUGCCGCAGUGGAAGUACUACGAGCAGCUGAUGUUCCUGCGGGGCUGCUGGGACCGGGAUGGCGGCCCCGACGACCGGCCGCCCUCCCCCUCGCCGCCGCCCGUGCUGCAGGAAGACAACCGGCUCGUUGUCUCUGCCCCCCUCCUCCCCACCCCGUCCUCCUGCGUCCCCUCCAACGGGCCGGGGAAAUGCUACUGGACCGAAGAGAGGGAGCGCAUGCUGAUAGCUUUCUACUCCGAGCACGACUGCCUCUGGAAGAAGAAGUCCCAGAACUACAACAACCGUCAGCUCAGACUGAGGCUGCUGGAGUCUCUGAGGAGCCAGCUGUCCGACCACUCGGCCUCUUUCUCAGUCGAAGACCUGAAGUGCAAGUUCAAGAACCUCCGGACGGUUUUCAACCGUGAGUACAAGACGGUGCAGGCCAGCCGGGAGUCCGACAAGCUCCACGUGUCCAAAUGGAAGCACUACCAGCAGCUGCUCUUCCUCUGCGAGUCCUGCGAAGAAGACGACAGCCCGGACGACGUGCAGAUACUGACGCCGCGGGAAGACCGGGACCUGGACCACGGAAACCAACCGCCCUCCUCCGCCCUGAGCGGCUUCUCCCACGCCGCCGCCCUGGUCAAGUUCGGAGACCCCUCCGCUCCCCCCGGCGACCCGUACCAGGUCUUCCUGCCUGCGUCUCCUGAUGAUCUCAAACCAGCGAGCCAAACAGCUGCUGCCAUGUUUGCCGCCUCCCCGUCCUCUCUCCCGCCGGACACCAAGCCUUGCACUAACCCCUCCCCUCUGGAUUUCUCCGGUUCGGUGAAGGCUGACAGCAGACUAAGCGCCGAGUCCCGUUGCCACUGGAACGAGGCCAAAGUUCAGCAGCUCAUAUCAUUUUACUCUGAGCACAGCUGUCUGUGGAACCACAAGUCUGAGAGCUACAGGAACCGGCUGUUGAGGCAGAGCCUGUUGGAGACGCUGAGCGGCCUCCUGUCUGACGACGAGUCGGCCCCAUUCGCCGUGGAAGACAUAAAGACGAAGUUCCGGAACCUGCGAACCAUCUUCCAGCGCGAGCACAAGGUGGUGAGCUCCAACAAAACCUGCGGCUCGGAGGACUUUUACCUUCCCAAGUGGAAACACUACCGCGAGUUGAUGUUCCUCUGCGACUCCUGCGACGAGGACGAGCGGCCCGACGACCUCCACUUCCACGGAGCGCAGAAGCCCCGCCUCCUCCGCCUGGACAGCCAAGCUCUCUGCAGCCAUUAUCACGGCACCAACCAAACCACCGCCCAACUAAACGCAGCGUCGUCGCAGAGCCUGAAAACCCCUCCCUCGCCCACUCCACCGGACUCCCAGCACUCCUCCCCCUCCUCCUCCCCCUCCACACAUUCCUCUCACCCCGACAGCAGAGUUUCAGGAGGACGCAAGCGGGCGGGCCGCUGCCUCCCGCCGCCCUCUGCCGAGGUGCUGGACAUCAUUAGGGCCUUCUGUCAAAGCCAAGUGGCGUCUCCACACGCCGGCUUCCUGAAGUACGUUGAGGAGUGUUUGAACGAGACUCCGCCGGACAAAGUGAAGAAGCUGAAGAAGAAGAUCAUUGAGACGAUCCACAGCGUGUCGGAGGAGGUUUAGUGUCUCACUGGGGUUUUGUUUUGUUCCUGAAGAGAACGUUAUGACAACGCCACUUCAGCCAGCGUGAGCCGUAGUUUACCUGUAGAGCCCGAACCUUUUGUCAGCGCAGGCCUUUUACACCUCACAGCUACACUCAACUAAAGCUCGCUUGGUUUCAGCUGAGAUGACACCUUGGCCACGAUGGAACCUGAAUGUGAGCCGUGAUGGCCGAAAAGUGAGUAGAACGCCACCUCGAGGGGCCAGCCAAUCACACCAAGAUGUGUCGCUACAGGCGCCGCCCCUUUAAAACCAUGCCUUGGCCAAGCAGGUCAGGGGGCGGGGCUGUGUGGGCAACGGAUCAUAUGUCAUUAACUGAAAAUGGAUAAUGAGCCACCACAUAUGACUUCCUCCUUCCUUCUCAUACACUCCGUAACCUUCACAGCCCCACAGCUAGAUAGCUACCUAGCCCUACCACGUCUACUGGCAUUUAAAACAGGAAGUCGGUGGUACAAGAGCAGUUUGAUUAGCUGCCCAGUUGAAGAGCGGCGCGACUCCUGCUGACAAAAGCGCCACAAGAGAGGAGCGCACGCCACUCGCUCAGCUAACAUCACUGAGCUAGUUAACGUCAGAGUUCAGUCAAGCAGGACGCCAUUGGCGUCUACGUCACGCUAGCACGAGCCUCUCGUCCAGAGCAGAUAUGCAGUGAUACGGACGUUGUAGAAAUGCCAUCUAGUCGCGUUAUUUUGGAGACAUCAGAAAGUAUGUAUUUUUUAUUUUGGCGUAGACCAUUUAAAACAGUCUUGAGCAGGAAGACGACAUCAGCAGGCAGACGGGACUCCCUCGUGUGAAUACUAGAAACUUCACCACGUCCUUCACAGGAAAUACAUUCAGUCACAUUAGCAUUUCUAGCAACAUGAAACUAAACUAACGAAACACUAAACGCGCCGCCAGGUAGUGGACCGGUGUGUCUCUUUACUGGAACUUGCCAUCACAGUACACCUCACCAACAUGUGAUGCUGUCCAGUGCUCAAUGCAUCCCACAAUUCACCAGGUCAGUUUUUGAAGUGACAAUCAUCAACACACAUGAAGAAGGUUUAGGUGUAGUGGCUUGCACACCUCACAGCAAGAAGGCCCGGGUUCGGAUCCGGGUCUGGGCAGUCCUGUGUGGAGACUGUGUGGGUUCUCCUUGUGUCAGCGUGGGUUCCCUCCAAGUUCUCCUUGUGUCAGCGUGGGUUCCCUCCAAGUUCUCCUUGUGUCAGCGUGGGUUCCCUGCCGAGUUCUCCUCGUGUCAGCGUGGGUUCCCUGCCGAGUUAUCCUCGUGGUAGCGUGGGUUCCCUCGGAGUUCUCCUUGUGUCAGCGUGGGUUCCCUGCCGAGUUCUCCCCGUGUCAGCGUGGGUUCCCUGCCGAGUUCUCCUCGUGUCAGCGUGGGUUCCCUGCCGAGUUAUCCUCGUGUCAGCGUGGGUUCCCUCCCGAGUUCUCCCCGUGGUAGCGUGGGUUCCCUCGGAGUUCUCCUUGUGUCAGCGUGGGUUCCCUCCCGAGUUCUCCCCGUGGUAGCGUGGGUUACCUCCCGAGUUCUCCCCGUGGUAGCGUGGGUUCCCUCUGAGUUCUCCUUGUGUCAGCGUGGGUUCCCUCCAAGUUCUCCUUGUGUCAGCGUGGGUUCCCUGCCGAGUUCUCCUUGUGUCAGCGUGGGUUCCCUGCCGAGUUCUCCCCGUGUCCGCGUGGGUUCCCUGACGAGUUCUCCCCGUGUCAGCGUGGGUUCCCUGACGAGUUCUCCUUGUGUCAACGUGGGUUCCCUGCCGAGUUCUCCCCGUGUCAGCGUGGGUUCCCUGACGAGUUCUCCCCGUGGCAGCGUGGGUUCCCUGCCGAGUCCCCCCCGUGGCAGCGUGGGUUCCCUCGGAGUUCUCCUUGUGUCAGCGUGGGUUCCCUCCCGAGUUCUCCCCGUGGUAGCGUGGGUUCCCUCUGAGUUCUCCUUGUGUCAGCGUGGGUUCCCUCCAAGUUCUCCUUGUGUCAGCGUGGGUUCCCUGCCGAGUUCUCCUUGUGUCAGCGUGGGUUCCCUGCCGAGUUCUCCCCGUGUCCGCGUGGGUUCCCGGCCGAGUUCUCCCCGUGUCCGCGUGGGUUCCCUGACGAGUUCUCCCCGUGUCAGCGUGGGUUCCCUGACGAGUUCUCCUCGUGUCAACGUGGGUUCCCUGCCGAGUUCUCCCCGUGUCAGCGUAGGUUCCCUGCCGAGUCCCCCCGUGGCAGCGUGGGUUCCCUGCCGAGUUCUCCCCGUGGCAGCGUAGGUUCCCUGCCGAGUCCCCCCGUGGCAGCGUGGGUUCCCUGCCGAGUUCUCCCCGUGGCAGCGUAGGUUCCCUGCCGAGUCCCCCCGUGGCAGCGUGGGUUCCCUGCCGAGUUCUCCCCGUGGCAGCGUGGGUUCCCUGACGAGUUCUCCUCGUGUCAACGUGGGUUCCCUGCCGAGUUCUCCCCGUGUCAGCGUAGGUUCCCUGCCGAGUCCCCCCCGUGGCAGCGUGGGUUCCCUGCCGAGUUCUCCCCGUGGCAGCGUAGGUUCCCUGCCGAGUCCCCCCGUGGCAGCGUGGGUUCCCUGCCGAGUUCUCCCCGUGGCAGCGUGGGUUCCCUGACGAGUUCUCCUCGUGUCAACGUGGGUUCCCUGCCGAGUUCUCCCCGUGUCAGCGUAGGUUCCCUGCCGAGUCCCCCCCGUGGCAGCGUGGGUUCCCUGCCGAGUUCUCCCCGUGGCAGCGUAGGUUCCCUGCCGAGUCCCCCCGUGGCAGCGUGGGUUCCCUGCCGAGUUCUCCCCGUGGCAGCGUGGGUUCCCUGCCGAGUUCUCCCCGUGUCAGCGUGGGUUCCCUCGGAGUUCUCCUUGUGUCAGCGUGGGUUCCCUGCCGAGUUCUCCCCAUGUCAGCGUGGGUUCCCUCGGAGUUCUCCCCGUGUCAGCGUGGGUUCCCUCGGAGUUCUCCAGCUUCCUCCCACAGUCCAAAGACAUGCAGCUCAGGUUAACUGGACUCUAAAUGGUCUGUAGGUGUGAGUGUGAAUGGUUGUUCUCUAUAUGAGCCCUGAGAUGGCUAGGUGCACCCUGUCCAGGUGAACCCUGUCCAGGUGAACCCUGUCCAGGUGCACCCUGUCCAGGUGCACCCUGUCCAGGUGAACCCUGCUUUCGCCCAAUGUCAGCUGGGAUCGGCUCCAGCGCCCUGUGACCCUAAAAAGGAGAAGCAGUUUGGAUAAUGGAAUAUUUCACGACAUGAUGGCUUCAGCCUAAAUGUUAUUUAUGUCCAAAGUCAUGGCAGAAGAUACGGUGACUGAUGUGAACAAUAUUGCAUAUUUGUCACUCAAGAUGAAUAUUAAAUACUUUAUCCCUUAGUCGUAGAUACAGAACUCCUUAAAACCUCCUUUUAUGCCUCAGUGGGCCUACGUGCCUUUAGAUAACGGUCUUCAUUAAUGUUCCGCUUGAUCCUAAAACGUAUUUUUCCAGCGAGUAUAUGGCCUUAUUAAUCAAGCGUGUCCCAAUGAGCUCUGAAAGACGUCCACUCACCUGUGGUCUUAAAGGGGCACGUGGAGUUUUCUUGUCCCCACAACGCAGGGGUCCUUAACUGGGCACUGUGCAGCAUGUAGCACGCUAACGUGUUACAGUUUAGCCAUGCAGCAACAUGCUAACAGCACACGCUAAUGCACCUGCUGACACGCUAACGUCACUCAUAACCUUUGUAACAUUCCCACAACGCGUGUUGUUCACUACUUUAAUGUUCAGACUACCAGACGAUCUAAAUGACUUCCAACUAUUGGGAUGACCGGAGGCCGUGCAGGUUUAGGAUGUCAGAAUGCUCACAUUGUGACGAGUUGGCCUUAUCGAGCGAAGCGUUGGUCAUUUCUGUCUGUUGGUGGAACAAGAAGAAAGUUUGGGAUCACCGAAGCCUCCUAAACUACUACCACGUUUCCCUCACUAGCGUCGUUUCCUUGCACCUCUCGAUGCCUCCUCGGUGGGAGGGAGGCAAGGAAACGAAGCAGAAAUGUGGGAUGCAGCCCAAGUUGUUCUGGACCGUGUUGGGGAUCGAUAAAAACACACCGGAUUUCUCCCUAAAGACAAUAGAUGGACACAUGUUUUUGAAAGCGCUACAGUAUUUAAACGUGUGUUGUAAAUAAACCUCCAGAGGAAAAUAAAUUGCACGAGACGAUAGAGAAAGAUUUCAGCUUCAUUACCUUUUGUUUUUAAUGUCACACUUUAAAAUUAGAGCUUAUAUUUCCGGGGGACGUUUUAUUAUUUGGGUUGCAUUUACAGUAAAUUGUUAAGAAUUCAGUCAUAAAAGAAUGUGGCAUUUUAGUUUUUUGAAGUGGUGAAAUACAGAAACUCAGGUCUAAAUGACAUCUGAGCUGUAAUGUGUCCCUUUUUAUUUAUUUAUCAUUUAUGGGGGAAGAUGUACGUUGUCAGUCUGUAAAUAUUAUUUUAUACCUUUUCUUUGAUGUGUAACUUGUCGAGGUUUAUGACUAUUCUUUAAUUAUCAGCUCCUUGUACAGCUGUAAGAUAUUUAAAGGGUAUAGGCCUUCAUGUAGUUGUCUUUAAAAACAUUUAAUAAAGAUGUUCUUAAUCAGUGAUUAGAUUUUGGUUUAUUCAAAAUCUUUAAAGCAAUAAUAGUUUUUUUUACAGUUUACAAUUGUUUUUUUUCAUAUGAAUGAUUUCCUUUGGUUGGGUGCACGUGUGUUUAAAUUUGACUCGGUGCCUUAUUGGAUCGACAUUACAUGUAUGUAUGCAUGUGCAGAAAUGUGUCCCCUCAACUUUGGACUUAUACGUGUAUCAAUAUUAAAUGUGUAAUAUAUACAGAUCA